AUACAACCAGAACUUGUGGUAGGGGCACAACCAGUACUUGUAGCGGGAUCACAACCAGUACUUGUAGAAGAAGCGCAACUAGGACUUGUGGUAGAGACACAACCAAGACUUGUAGCGGGGCACAAGCAGAAUUUGAA